CAGGUCGCCGAAGAAGAAAAACAUGCGCUUCCUCUUGGUCCGGAAAGCGUGGAAGUAAAUGUAUCUUGGUAAAUACAUGUUAGUUUUCUAGUCACAAAAUUAUUACGGCAAAAUGGUUCGAAAAUUGAAAUUUCAUGAGCAGAAGCUUUUGAAGAAGGUUGACUUUAUCAACUGGGAGGUAGACAACAACCUGCACGAGGUGAAAGUAUUGCGGAGGUAUCACAUCGAGAAGAGAGAAGACUACACCAAGUACAAUAAGUUGAGCCGUAACAUCAGAGAGCUUGCUCAGAAGAUACGUGAUCUGGACGAGAAGGAUGGCUUCAGAGCCCACAGCACAGGUCAACUACUUGAGAAACUGUACGGUACUGGGCUGAUCCCCACCAAACAGAACCUGGCCCUUACAGAGAAAGUCACCGCCUCUUCAUUCUGCAGCUCUCUGAUUUCCAGGAGGCGGCUACCCACCAUAAUGGUAAGCUUACGAAUGGCUCAGAACCUGAAGACAGCCAUCACCUUCAUCGAACAGGGACAUGUGCGUGUGGGACCAGAGAUUGUCACAGAUGCAGCUUUCCUUGUCACUAGAAAUAUGGAAGACUUUGUAACAUGGGUUGACUCUUCAAAGAUCAAACAGCACGUCAUGACCUACAAUGAUGAGAGGGAUGACUUUGAUCUUGUGGUAUAGACCUACAGUAUUCAUCACCCAUGGGAAGGACAAGAGGAAUGUGCAGAGGCUUGCAUGUGUGUGCAUAAGAAGUAUAAGCAUUUGUAUGGGUGAGCCCAUGUUUGAACAUGGUGUGUGUUUGACUGAGUGUGAAUGGGACUAUAUUUUGAGGAGGAAAGGAGUGUUAUUUCAACAUGUAGUGUUCAACUUUUUAUAAACAUUAAGAUAAAUAUACAUUUCAACAAAUCCUUUUUUUUUUUAAACAAUAUACAACUUUUUUGCCAUGGUAAAGGGUUGUUUCACACUUAAGACCAUUUGCAUAUAGAUAGAAUUGUCCUUCAGUGACAUUGUAAAAAAACGAAUUAAAACGGAAAAAUGUAAACUA